CUUCUCCGCCGUCUUCCACUCUGAGUUCGACGCCACUGUUUCUUGACAUCCUUUGAUCGAUAGAAUCGUUUCAUUCAGUAGGUUCCGAAUUGUUGAGGGUUUGGUCAGCACCUCUUGCGGUGAGUCUAGCCUUGAUUGACGAGCAUAACGAGCAAGGAAAGGCGUUUCAGCGCCAGCGUCGUUUGAACAGGUCCAAGAGCCGACCAAAGGAGUUCGCAGCAUUUUUUGGGGAGCCAGCUCUCGACUGGUAUAGAGGCCGUCUGUCGCGAGAGCCAGCUCAUCAACACCAUGGGGUCAGCAGACACGAUGGACGCCGUCAUCUUCAAAGCUCCCUUCCAGAUGGCGACGGAGAAACGGCCUAUACCCAAGAUAAUCGAGCCGAAGGACGCCAUCAUCAGGGUCACAGUGGCCGGUAUCUGUGGGAGUGAUUUGCAUUUCUACCGAGGACACCAGAAAAUGGAGCCAGGCGUCAUCUGUGGACACGAGUUCGUUGGCCAUGUCCAGGAACUUGGCCCGGAGGUCAAAAACUUCAAGAUCGGGCAGAAGAUCGUAUGCACGUUCACCAUCACUUGCAUGGAAUGCUGGUUCUGCCUCCACGGCUACACGAACCGGUGCGUCAGAGGCAAAUCCUUUGGCAGUCUGGGCUUUGACGGAGGGCAAGCAGAAUAUGUGCGCGUUCCCUUUGCCGACGGCACCUUACAGCCUGCACCGACGACUGUGGACGACUCGCUGCUCAUAAUGAUGUGCGACAUCUUCCCGACAGGGUACUACGGCGCCGACAGGGCAAUUCAGUACUUCGAGUCACAGUCGCGCGAGUUGGAGUCUAUCAACGCAAAUACUCCAAUGUUUCAGGUGCAGGAACUCAAAGAUUGCGUGUUCGUAUGUCUAGGUUGUGGACCGGUCGGACUAUGCUCGAUAUUAACUUGUUUGACGAAGAAAGUGGGCAAGGUUUUCGCCGUGGACGCCGUGGAUGACAGACUGGCUGAAGCAGAGAGAUGGGGAGCCAUACCUCUGAAGCUGGGUCGGGAUGAUAUCAAGGCGAAAAUCCUCGAAGCCACUGAAGGCCGAGGUGCAGAUGCGGUGAUUGAACUUGUGGGCAAUGCUGCAGCUUUGAAGUCGGCGUUUGAGCUGGUAAGACCGGCUGGGUGUAUAUCGAGCAUCGGGUUUCACCAGGGCGAGGUGCCCUUCACAGCCUUCGAGGCGUACGCGAAAAAUCUGAAUAUCAAUAUGGGCAGGGCGCCUGCAAGACGAGUCUUCAACAAUGCUCUGGAGGUCUUGGUUGCCAAUUCUGACAAAGUGCGCGAGUUUGUCACGCAUAAACUGCCCGUUACUGAGGCCGCAAAGGGGUACGAGAUUUUUGAAAAGCAGCAAGCCAGAAAGGUCGUCUUGGUAUUCUAA